UUUGAGGCGUUUGGGGUCCCCUUUCGGCCGCCACCCCUUGGGGCCGGGGUGGAGCUGAUAUUCCGGAUCCGGAGAGACUGUGGUGCCCCCGAGAGGUUGCCUCUCAAGAGGGCUGUCAUUUCCGCAGGCCAGAAAGGGGAGCUCAGUACCUUCCAGUGUGUGAGACUCAGCGCCCCUCUCCCGCUCCUCGCAGGCUUUCGUCCCCGCCAUGACUGAGCUAAUCCAGAAGAAGCUACAGGGAGAGGUGGAGAAAUAUCAACAGCUACAGAAAGAUUUGAGUAAAUCCAUGUCAGGGAGGCAGAAACUAGAGGCACAACUAACAGAAAAUAAUAUCGUGAAGGAGGAACUGGCCCUGCUGGAUGGGUCCAACGUGGUCUUUAAACUCCUGGGUCCUGUGCUGGUCAAACAGGAGCUGGGGGAAGCUCGGGCCACAGUGGGGAAAAGGCUGGACUACAUCACAGCUGAGAUUAAGCGAUACGAAUCUCAGCUCCGGGACCUAGAGCGGCAGUCAGAGCAACAGAGGGAGACCCUUGCUCAGCUGCAGCAGGAGUUCCAGCGGGCCCAGGCGGCAAAGGCAGGGGCUCCUGGGAAGGCCUGACCCUGUCCUGGGGGGAAGGGGAGGGGAGGGAAUGAGGCAGCUGUAGGGUCUAUACUGUAGCUAAUAAAAUGUGAAAAUCCCUGGCUGUUUUCUGACCAGCCGCUUCUGUCAUAAUUGUCUCCAUCCAUUCCCCUGGCCCCUUCCACCUUAUAUGUUUAUCACCUGCGUUACUCCCUCAGGUUCAGAUUGUUGCACUGGAAUCUCUGUGUGGCAGAGUAACCCUUCUUUCUUGAGACUAAAAUCUGAAAUGUCUCAAACCUAAUUCUUGCCUGUGUAUGCAACCCCUAACUCUCCCUCAUCUUGGCUGGAAACAUGAAAAGGGCAUUUACAACACAAUGUUUGGGGAAAGUGAGUUUAAUUGAAGAACUCACAGUUCUCUAACCCCAGAAUGAAACAUGGUGACAACCCUCCUUUGCUAUGAUUUCUUGUCAUUCUCAAAAUAGCCCUGGCAUCUUAGUUCUUUUUAGUCUCUUUCUUCCUAGAAUUUGUUUGACUGUGGCUUAAACUGAUUUCAAAUUCCAGCACAUAAUGCGUUGUAAUAUUGUAAGGCCUCCAAUACAUUUUUGUAC